UGGUAACUUUGAAACCCAAAAAUAAUUGCGCUAAGAAAGUGAGACAAAAUUCACUUGAAAUGAGAAUUAGCAAGUCGAGAAUAUAUAACCUACCUAUCUAUUAUAGCAAAGCAAACUUGAGGUCAAAUGGGCUGUGACGAGUAUGGCGAAGUGGAAUAGAGAGAGAGAUUUAUUAUUAAUAGGCAAUCACGUAGCAGACCUUGUGUUUUUGAACGGAAGUGCUGAUUUAUGACUACAUGACGUAAUUAAUUAGACAACCGGUUUUCUUUCAUUUACAUGUAUAAGCUUGAAAAAUUUCACUUACUCAACUCUGAUUAGUACACUUCUAGCGCGAUUCAAUCACUAUUCUCCGUGGAAACUUGGGUGAUUCCAUGCUUUAAUCCUUGAUAAAAUUCGAUGUGUGACAAACUUGUAUGUUUGAAACACCUAUGUUUCGGAAAUGCCCAUCCCUAGUUGUGGGAUACUUUAGGUACAACCGUAAUGCGAAGUCGUUGAGCUUGUUGCGGUGUAGUCAGUCAUGUUCAUCGCUCAAACCAAAACAAACAAGCAACUUAGGUGCGUGCGUAUGGUGCAGCAAUACUCGAAGAUCCCAUAUGGCGAUGGCUCGUCAAGUGAACGUUGCAGUGGUAGACAGUCUUUACAUAAAUCACCUUAAUCGGUAUUAUGAAUCUAUCUUCAAAAAGAGUACACCAAAUGUCGAGGUAAAUUUCAGAACAAUACCUGAAAAUGGCGAUAUGAAAGAAGGCUUUUCAGACGCAGAGGUUAUUCUCAUGUCUCCACACGGAUUGAAAAUUUCGUCUGAAAUUUCUAAAACAACCAAGUGGAUUCAGUGGACAUGGGCUGGCGUGGAGCCUUUGAUGAAUGAAAAAAUCCGAAGGGAUCUGGAAGGAUGCAUUGUGACAAGAGCCGCAGGAAUAUUUGGUUCCCAAAUGGCAGAAUACGCGAUUGGUGCUGUAAUAGCAAUGGAAAGAAGUUUGCCCACGUGUUACCAACAGCAAAUAGAAAAGAAGUGGGAGAGGCCAUCUGGGUACCGCAAUCUUUCAACAUUGUCUAUUGGAAUACUCGGUCUUGGGGAUAUCGGACUGCAUAUAGCUAAAGUUUGUUCCCAACUUGGCAUGACAGUAUAUGGUUUGAAAAAAACAGCUACACAGUGUGAACAUGUUGAGAAAGUAUUCACAUCAAACAAAUUAGCUGAACUCAUAAAAUUAUCAGACUACAUAUGCAAUGUUCUACCAAGUACUCCAGAAACGAAGGAAAUUAUCACUGAACAAAUGCUUGAAUCUUGUUCGCAUAGAAAAUCAAGAUUCAUAAACAUAGGACGUGGUGAUGUUGUUAACGAGGAAACAUUAAUUAAGGCACUCAAAAAUGGGUGGUUGUCUGGUGCAUUUUUGGAUGUGUUUGCUGAGGAGCCACUGAAAAAGUCUUCACCUUUAUGGUCGAUCAAAAAUGUUGUUGUAACUCCUCACAUCGCAGGGAGAACAUAUCAUGAAUCAACAGCAAAGCUAUUUUUUCAUAAUUUGGAAAAAUACUUGAAGAAUGAGAAAUUAGAUUACAUUGUAGAUUUUGAUGCAGGAUAUUAGCCCAAAGGCAUAAACAGAUGUUUUGAUCUGCUUAGAAAAAUAUUUACUUCCAUAGUAUUACUUCUAUGCAUGUGGGUGCGAUUAUGGUUGUUUGUAGUUAGUCUGAAUGCUCUGCUUAAUAAAGGGAAUAAAAGAUUU